AUGUGGGUAUCACGCAUGAUCGAUGAGCGGAUCAAGAUCAUCCCUUCAAGACGCUCUUUCACACUCAGUUACCACCAAGAACACGUUCACAAUGCUCACCAAGGACAUAACACCAUCCUCACCAUAACGGCGACCCUCCUGGGCGCCAUCUCGGCUACUGCCGUCGCGGGCAACGUCAAUAGGCGCGGCGAGGAGGUCCACCUCACUUCAGGCAACUUCACCUACUACGACCUGGCACAGGCGCGUGCGGUGCAACGGGACUUCGACGUGCACACUCCCAGCCACAACACCCUCUGCACCAAGUACCUCCGCGCCUCGUACAACGGCAAGCACGUCGACGUCUUCGUCGCCGACCGCUGCGAGGUCUGCAACUAG